CAGUGAUGGAUUAAGUCCACAUAUAUUAAUUUGCCCAAACAAAAUCCCUCUCCAUCUAGGGUUUAUUCACUACAUACUGCGAGGAGUGAGGACAUUGGUUUGAUCUCCGCAACUUCUCUAUUGCAAAAAUGCCGUCGCAUAAGACAUUGCGGAUAAAGAAGAAGCUGGCGAAGAAGCAGAGGCAGAAUCGACCGAUUCCUUACUGGAUCCGUAUGCGCACCGACAAUACCAUCAGGUAUAACGCAAAGCGCAGGCAUUGGCGCCGCACGAAGCUAGGGUUUUAAGGCGCACUUGAGUUUAACAUAUUGAUGCUUUAGAAGAUAGACGGAAUACAGAGUUACAUACAGUAGAUGUUGGGUUGUUGCUGUAGAAUGUAUUGUAAACUCUAUGUGAAUUGAAUUUUGGGUAUUGCUUCUCUGACAGAUUGCUCUUAUAUUAUGGAUUAGUUUGAUUUUCAGAAUGAUGGCUUUGUUGGCUAUUUGUCUCUGGCAACGACUGUUUCGUUAUGUUCA